AUGCAAAUCAACAAUACCAUCCUAACUGCUAUAGUCGCUUGCUUGGCGGGUACUACUGCAGCCACCACCUUCCACAACAAUGAUGCGGCCUACUAUGUCAAUGUUGAGCAUACCGACGGCUCCACAACCUAUGUUGCACCGAAGUCUAGCGUUGAGGUUGCGGGUGGAUGGGCUUAUAUUCGAGCCUGCCAGCAGGGACCGGGAGGAUAUUUCUUCUGCCCACCAGGACUCCUGCAAUGGCCAGCAGACUACGGCGAUGUCUACUUUUAUUUGGGCUCCCUUGUGGAUGCUGCAGCACCGGAACUUGCCAGUGGGGCGUGGAGUAUUUCGAUCCCAAUGAUUGUCCCUCGGGAUACCAAAACCUUCCUUCUGCAUAGAGAUCUGCCAAUAAGACUGGAACCUCAAUCGCCUGUGGAGGAUAACCAACGGUGA